AUGCAAAUAUUCGUCAAAACGCUCACGGGCAAAACAAUUACGCUCGAAGUAGAACCGUCUGACACGAUUGAAAAUGUUAAAGCAAAAAUUCAAGACAAAGAGGGAAUUCCACCCGAUCAACAACGUCUAAUAUUUGCUGGCAAACAGCUUGAAGAUGGUCGCACAUUGUCAGACUACAACAUUCAAAAAGAAUCUACUUUACAUUUGGUUCUUCGUCUCCGUGGUGGUAUGCAAAUAUUCGUGAAAACCUUGACAGGCAAGACCAUCACGUUGGAAGUUGAACCGAGUGACACUAUUGAUAAUGUCAAGGCCAAAAUUCAGGACAAAGAGGGAAUUCCUCCCGAUCAACAACGAUUGAUUUUUGCCGGCAAACAGUUGGAAGACGGUAGAACAUUGUCGGAUUAUAAUAUCCAAAAGGAAUCCACACUGCAUUUGGUCCUCCGUCUCCGUGGUGGCAUGCAAAUUUUUGUCAAAACGUUAACCGGGAAAACAAUCACACUUGAGGUCGAACCGAGUGACACAACCGAGAACGUUAAAGCCAAAAUUCAAGACAAAGAAGGAAUCCCUCCCGAUCAACAACGACUCAUCUUCGCCGGCAAACAGUUGGAGGACGGUCGUACAUUGUCAGAUUACAACAUUCAAAAAGAAUCGACACUCCAUUUGGUGUUGCGAUUACGGGGUGGCCAGUGA